CUGAGCCCACAUGCUUAUCUUCUGCUCAGCGAUAUUUGCCCGUUUCUUAAAAAAUCUAAUUUCCGUAGAAAAUCUUUUUUCAUCGGUCUAGUAAAUCGUUUUAUGUAGUUGCAUUAAUAUUUCCUAGUUAACGUUGUCCAAAAUAAACAGACGCCUGAUGUGUGUGUAUCUGAAAGAACAGAGAUAAGAAAUGAGUGAAGCCAAGGAGGCACCAAUGUCUCAACUAGGCCUACAGAUUUGCAGCCAGAUCGGCUCAGUCUUCACCCAACCCACCUCAACCCCACCUCCACUAGACACCCUGGUUCACGAGCUCAGUAACGCAGCUAAGCGUGGCGCAAAGGUCUUCGUAUACGGAGUCGGCCGAGAAGGUCUGAUGAUGAAAGGCUUGUGCAUGAGGCUAGCUCACCUCGGUCUCUCCGCUCACUGCAUUUUCGAUAUGACGACCCCUCCUAUUUCUUCCGCUGAUCUCCUCCUCGUUUCUGCCGGACCGGGUUUUUUCUCCACCGUCGAAGCUCUAUGCAAGAUUGCUAAAGAUAGUGGCGCUAGGGUUGUUUAUGUGACGGCUCAGCCGGAGGCGAGGGCGGCGGUGGAGUGCGGAGAUGUUGUUGUUCAUGUGGCGGCGCAGACGAUGGCGAAUGACGGCGCUGAUAGCAAGAAAAGGGAGGUGCUUCCGAUGGGGAGUUUGUAUGAAGGAGCUUUGUUUGUGUUGUUUGAGAUGGUGGUUUUUAAGUUAGGAGAGUGUUUGGGUCAGAGUCCUGAUGUUAUACGAUCUCGCCAUACCAAUUUGGAGUAGUCAUUAGCUUAAACACUACUCCAUUGUUGAUUAUAAGUUGGUGUCCUUGCGUGGAAAUUAAAUAAAUAUCGAUCCGUUGUAUAUACUGUGGUCUUGCUUAAAAUAUAUAAUAAUAUUAAAUAUCUAAAUAAUACUUCUUUUGUUUCUCUAUUCUUUUUACAUUACU